GAACAGCCAAGAAGACGGAACAAGCCAAGGGCGAAAGAAAAAGAGAGGACCUCUUGAGUGACUCAGAGAGAGAGAGGCUUCUUCUCUCCUCCGAUCCGCCCGCCGCCACCGCUGCUGCUUCUGCUUCGAUCUCACUCCAGGGCCCAGGCUGCGGGGAGGCGAGACGCCCGCCGCCUGUUCGGCGGAAUGCCUCCGGGGAGAAGAGGGAAAAGGGGCAAGAAAGCGCCGAUGGAGAGCGCAGGAAGCAGCAUAGACGCCUUGCCGGACGGCGUCCUCCAGCACAUCCUGGGGUUUCUGCCGGCGUGGGACGCCGUGCGGACGUCCGUGCUCGCCCGGCGCUGGCGCGACCUCUGGAUGUUCGCGACAGGCCUGCGCAUCAUCGGUAACGACGACGACGAUCGAGAGGCGCUCCGGGAGUCUGUGGACCAUCUUCUUCUCACCCGCGGAAUCGCGCCUCUAGAAACAUGCGAGCUCAGGUUCGACAGUAUCGCCAAUGAAUUCUCUGGCGGCGACGUUAUCCGUGUGAACCUCUGGUUCCGGCAUGCUAUUCGGUGCCAGGUUCGGGUGCUCCGGUUGGUUUUCACACAGCCAGGCCAACACUUUGAUCUACAAGUCCUGCAUCUCAUCUCACGACACUUAAUGGAGCUAGAGCUUGUUAGUGUUGAGGUGAAGGAAAGUUUCCUUAACUUAUUAGGCUGUCCAGCACUGGAACAACUAGCGGCUGAAGAUUGUGACUUGUCUCUUGUCAAGAGGAUCUUAUCUGUGUCUCUGAAACGCCUGAGCAUCACCUCUUGUAUAUUCAGUGAAAGCUUUCGCACUCGUAUUCACACCCCCUCUCUGGUUUCGCUGCUGUUAGAUGACAAUUGGUGUAACUCUCCAGUGCUUGAGAGCAUGCAAUCAUUCGUGGAUGCUUCUAUCAGAGUUGUUAACGAGAGUGUGGACAGCUGUGAGCAUUGUGACUCUGGAAAUUGUAACAGCUGCAAUGGCAUCAUACAUGGUAACAGCAACUGCAUUCUUCUGGAAGGUUUAUCAAAAGCCAAGAACUUGGCAUUGAUAGCUGAUUCCAAAACGUUUAUUUUCAGAAUGGAUUUGAAACGGUGUCCUACCUUUAGCAAAUUGAAGACGUUGUUACUCAGUGAUUAUUGGUGUGUGGCUCUUGAUUUGGAUGCAAUAACAUGCAUUCUCAAGAACUCACCAUUUCUAGAGAAGCUUACUCUUGAACUUUGUUUCAAGGUAUAUAUUUUAAAGGGCGUACCCAGUGCCGUAGGCUUCCCGCACUGUGCGGGGUCUGGGGAAGGGUUGUUUUUAAGCCCCAAGCCUUACCCACACAAAUGUGCAGAGGCCGGGGCUCGAACCCGGGACCUUCCGGUUACAGACGGUAGGCUCUACCGCUGCACCAGGCCCGCCCUUCUUCAAGGGAUCUGAUCAUAAAAUGGAAAUGAAAGGAAGCUACAUUCCAGAACAGGAAACAACUGCGAUAUCUGAACACCUUAAGAUAAUAGUGGUGAAAUGUGACGUGGUUGAUGAGAAAGUUUACAAAGUUUUAAAGCUCCUGUCUACAUUCAACAUUCGUAAGCUAACUAGCAACACUAUCAAGUUUUUCAAUAUUUCUAAAGUUUCUCUCCACUUUCAUAAGCAUCUCGGGACAAGUUGACCGCUGAUGUAUUUUCCUCUUGAAUUAAAUUGCAUGAAAAGUAUGAUUGGAUGUUGACUUGUUUUGAAUAUUCUCUUUGUCUAUUUGUUAUAAGAGGUAGCGCACAAAUGAUUCAAUAGACUAGUUACGAACAAUAGUUCGCUCUUGCUGAUUAGUUCUGUACAGCAUCACAUAGUUCUGUAUUUAGCAAUGGUACAGUAUGGUUACAUAUUGUUGUGCUCUU